GUGUUCUUGCACUGCACCAUGGUUUUCUGGAACUGUAGGUCUUUUGUUGGACAGAGGGUGAUGAGGAGGAUAGAGAAGGGAUGGUUGGACAGGAGAGAAAUUCAGGAUAUGGAGGCUGGAAUUCUGGGUUUAUUUUUUCAGCAGGUCAUAAAGGUUUAAUAGAAAUCAAGGUUACUGGAGAGAGAGCUGCUCCUCCUAUGUCCUCCCUGCUUAUUUAUUUAGGUGUCCCCAAGGACUCUACUCCCACUAUUCUGUCUGAUCUUUCUUUAUCCCCAUGACAGGACCAGCUAACAACACCCCUACCCCACCCCCUAUACACAUACUUCAGGAUCGGGCCAUGAUAAUCCCACCCCUCUGCCCCAUCUCCAAGGCAACCUGUCAGUGAGACGAGGACAAAGGGCACAGGAAGGGGCCCCAAUAGGAAACAUAAGUGGAAGCACAAAGCUGACCAAGCUACAGGAACAGACCCCUCCCUGCAACAAAGCCCCUUGCCUCGGCUUUAUGUUUCCUUCGCAAAAGACUUCGUCAUCUCCCUUCCCAUCCCUAACUCUACUUUCUUUUUCUUUUCUUCUUCUUCUUUUUUUUUUUUUUGAGAUGGAGUUUCGCUCUUAUUGCCCAGGCUGGAGUGCAACGGCACCAUCUCAGCUCACUGCAACCUUCACCUCCCGGGUUCAAGCGAUUCUCCUGCCUCAGCCUCCCAAGUAGCUGGGAUUACAGGUGCCCACCACCACGGCUGGCAAAUUUUUGUAUUUUUAGUAGAGACGGGGUUUCACCAUGUUGGCCAGUCUGGUCUUGAACUCCCUGACCUCAGGUGAUCCACCCCGCUUGGCCUCCUAAAGUGUUGGGAUUACAGGCGUGAGCCACCUCACCCGGCCCCUAACUCUAUUUUCUAUGCCCAAUCCCAAGUCUAGGCCACAAGGACUGCAAGUCCUAGUGCUGAGCUGGGCCUGGAGACAGUAGACUGUGGGGGGCACAGGACCUACUGAGACACCAGUCUGGGCAGCUCAGGGAGUGCUGGCGUCACCCCUUCCCUAAUCCCAGGCUGCAUGGCUAACGGUUCCUAUCUGCAGUCCCAGCCUUCCACUUCCGAGUUCUUCUCUCAGACCACAGUCCCAGCAACCCAGAAUUUGGAUUGAAGUCUGGAAGAAAUGCAGAAGGAUUAAACGACCACCUUUCCAUUUGAAGUCCCCAUCCCUGAAUCUUCACGGGUGUGCCCAAGCUCCCCUCCCAGUUCCCCCAGGGACGGCCACUUCCUGGUCCCCGACGCAACCAUGGCUGAAGAACAACCCCAGGUCGAAUUGUUCGUGAAGGCUGGCAGUGAUGGGGCCAAGAUUGGGAACUGCCCGUUCUCCCAGAGACUGUUCAUGGUACUGUGGCUCAAGGGAGUCACCUUCAAUGUUACCACCGUUGACACCAAAAGGCGGACCGAGACAGUGCAAAAGCUGUGCCCAGGGGGGCAGCUCCCAUUCCUGCUGUAUGGCACUGAAGUGCACACAGACACCAACAAGAUUGAGGAAUUUCUGGAGGCAGUGCUGUGCCCUCCCAGGUACCCCAAGCUGGCAGCUCUGAACCCUGAGUCCAACACAGCUGGGCUGGACAUAUUUGCCAAAUUUUCUGCCUACAUCAAGAAUUCAAACCCAGCACUCAAUGAUAAUCUGGAGAAGGGACUCCUGAAAGCCCUGAAGGUUUUAGACAAUUACUUAACAUCCCCCCUCCCAGAAGAAGUGGAUGAAACCAGUGCUGAAGAUGAAGGUGUCUCUCAGAGGAAGUUUCUGGAUGGCAAUGAGCUCACCCUGGCUGACUGCAACCUGUUGCCAAAGUUACACAUAGUACAGGUGGUGUGUAAGAAGUACCGGGGAUUCACCAUCCCCGAGGCCUUCCGGGGAGUGCAUCGGUACUUGAGCAAUGCCUACGCCCGGGAAGAAUUCGCUUCCACCUGUCCAGAUGAUGAGGAGAUCGAGCUCGCCUAUGAGCAAGUGGCAAAGGCCCUCAAAUAAGCCCCUCCUGGGACUCCCUCAACCCCCUCCAUUUUCUCCACAAAGGCCCUGGUGGUUUCCACAUUGCUACCCAAUGGACACACUCCAAAAUGGCCAGUGGGCAGGGAAUCCUGGAGCACUUGUUCCGGGAUGGUGUGGUGGAAGAGGGGAUGAGGGAAAGAAAUGGGGGGCCUGGUCAGAUUUUUAUUGUGGGGUGGGAUGGGUAGGACAACAUAUUUCAGUAGUAAAAUACAGAAUAAAAAUCAAGUGUUUUUACGCAA